AUGGAUUUUCCAGACGACUGCUGGGAAUUGAUUUUCAAUUCCCUUGACGAUGACCGACUCUUCGAAUUCCCUUCUUUGGUCUGCCCUCGAUUCCUCUCCAUCACCAAUCGGCUCCGCCGCAGCCUCACCAUCACUAACCAAGUAGUUCAUUCCCUCCACACUCUUCUCCGCAGAUUCCAGAAUCUCAAAGAAAUCGAAAUCCGCAAUUUCAGGGGUGAUCUAGAUUCCCUCCUCUUUGAAAUUUCGCAGUUCAAUUUGGACCUCAAAUCGAUUGAUUUCUCCAAGCAUAAACGAUUUCCCUAUCUGGGUUUGAGAGAACUCGGACCCAAGAUGAGGAAUCUAAGGGUUUUGAACUGCUCGAAAGUUGGGUUCUUGCAAGAUAGCGAUGUCAUUACGAUUGGGUUUGCAUUUCCGUUUCUCGAAGAGCUUGAUAUCAGUUAUCCUAAUUACAGCGAUACUUAUUUUCCAGAUGGGCACUCGUCUUCGCGGUGUCUCGCUGAAUGUCAUGUAACUGAUGAUGGAAUUAUUGAUUUGUCCUUGAAGCUAACGAAUUUGCGUAAGAUCAUUCUCUCUGGAAAUCGGUAUAUAACUGAUAAAUCAUUUGCCUCUUUGUUGGUGAAUUGCUUGUUACUUGAAGAAAUCGGGGUUCGCGAUUGCGAUUUCAUAACCCAGAGGGGAAUUGGUACGGCUCUGCUUUUAUGUCCUAAUUUGAGUUCCAUUUCAUUGAAUAGAGUUGCAGUUCCAUGUAUUGAUGCCUUGCUUGAAAAUUCAUUUGCCUAUGCCAAAAGUUUACUCGAACUUGAUCUUUCACAUUCAUCUGCAAAUGAUAAUUUGCUAUGGGGGCUGGCAAAAGCAUGUCUUCCAUUGAAGAAGCUCUCAUUCUGUGGCUGCCGCAGCAUCUCAUAUGCAGGGACUUCAUUUAUUUUGUACAAGUAUCGGUUCCUUGCACAUUUGGAUCUUGAAGGAGUUAGAUUCCUCUCCGAUGAGAUCCUCUUGGAGUUAUCAAUGUUUCUCCAGAGUUUGACAUUUAUAAACCUGAACUUUUGUUCCAACUUAACCAAUCUAUCCUUCUUCACCAUCACCAGGAACUGUCCUCUGCUGACUGAUAUCCGAAUGAAGAGAAUAAGUCUAGGAACCGACGAUCUUCCAACCGAUUUUGCAGUAAAUGACAAGGUUAAGUCCCUAGCCUUGGCUGCAAAUACCAAUUUGAGUGAUGAAUGUCUCAAAAAGAUGGCAGUUACAUGUCCUAACUUACAAGUUCUUGAUGUUAGCCAUUGCCCGGGUAUUUCAGACGAAGGAAUAAGCGAGGUUUUGAGGAGUUGCCGGGAGAUUAGGUAUUUGGAGAUCAACAGAUGUAUGGGCAUAAGUAACUUCAUUAUUGACUUUCAACUUCCAUGUUUGGAGGUUUUGCGAGCUCAAGGACCAGUGAUCAAUGAUGGAGUAUUGGCAGUGCUCGCGGAAAGAAGUCCGGGGCUACUGCAUUUGGACUUGGAAUCUUGUGUGAGUGUGACGACUACCGGGAUCAAAAAAAUCGUGGAAAGCUGCAGAAAACUGAGGGAGAUCAAUCUGAAGUGGUGCAAUAAUGUGAGCCUGGAUACCAUAGCUUGGAUGGUGGUUUCAAGACCGUCGUUGAGGAGAAUAGUCCCACCGCGUGAUAUUGUUGAUUCGGAAAUCAGGAGGAACUUUUUCUUUCGCCAUGGAUGCUUUGUUGAUGAUAGUGGUAGGAAGCCUUAUAAUCCUUGA